AUGCUGGAACAGAUUCUGGAAGGACAGAAGAAGCUCACCGUGGACUUUAAUGGAAAGAUCGAUGCUCUCUACCUUGAUCUGAAUGGGAAAAUCGAGGCUUUGAACACCCAUAUCAAGCAGCUCGAUACGCAGGUAGCUCAAACUGCAGGUUCUGUUAAAAGGCAAGAAAGUUUUCUAUCUGGGAAGACUGAUACCAAUCCGAGGCACCACUGCAGUGCCAUGACGUUGAGGAGUGGUAAAAAGUGGAUUUCUCAGUCCAAAAAGACGUUUCCUGCUGCUGAAGUCGUGGAUUUAGAAGAUCCUGAAGAAGUUCCUGAAGUUGCAGAGUCGGUGACGAGCGACACCACAACUAGUGUCACGCGUCACCAAUUGCAGGUCGAAGCUGAUAUUGCUCCAAAGAGCCCUAAGAAAUCCAAGCAGGAUCUAGAUGAUGCAAGGUGCAAGGAUUUGAUGGAGAAGCUUAAGCUUGUGAUUGAGAUACCUUUGGUUAAUGCUGUGAAAAUCACUCCUGUCAACAGACGCUAUGUAAAGAGGACGGUGACCAACAAUCCCAGCCAUGAACAGGGAGUGAUGAUGAUUUCUGAGCAAGUCAGUGCUGUGAUUCAGAACAAGAUUCCAGAGAAGUUGUCUGAUCCAGGAAGUUAUGUCUUGGAUUGCUCCAUAUCCACGGAGUGA